AUGGUAAGAUUGAGUAUUGUCUGGGUAUGGAUAGCGGGCAUCUCGGUUCACUUGACUAUCUCCAUGGACACAAAUCCAGAAAAUAUCCGAGUCAAUUCAAGACUACAAGAGAUUCAGCCGUCCAGACAGAUCUCCACAGCACGCGGGGAUAUGAACAACAUAUGCAGGGACAGUAGCUCAACAUAUUUGGAUCCAAGCGUUCGUCUGACUCUCAAGAGACCAAAAUUGGCGCCUCAAGGUGAACCGAUUUUAUCUCAUGAGCAACAUGGAGUUUAUCAGUCCUUGGAGGAUCGAGAAGGAAGCUCAAAAGUUGAACUAUGGAUGGAAAAGAAAUCUACAACAGAUCACUAUCCAUCAAGCGCUGAGAUAUUUGACUCCAAUAACCACAAGAUUGCUGGUAUAUGUCCUAUCCCGAAUCAUAGAGGCGUAGAACAGAAAGAGCAUCACACAGCUAGGGAGCUGAAUUUUGAUUUAAAUCAAGAACCAAUGGACCAUGAUAUUUCACCAAAAUUCUAUAAAAACAUACCCUCAAAGGGGAAAUCCAAUACUCUAUUGGUGGAAUCAACCAAAAAAGGAAUAGAAAGUAAAUCAUCAAUCAGAAUGGAUUCUGAACCAAAGGCAUCAGAGAUCGAUAUCAAAAACUUUCAUCUACACAAUCCUGAUAAGAUGUGUUCAGCUGCUGCAAUCCACUACACAAAAGAGCUCAUUAUGGCUUUGUCAGAUAGAUACACACCUCGAGGUAGGUUAUCCGAAUACCCUAGUUGGGAGUCAGGAAAGGAAAUAUGGACCUCAGAGAUAUUACUUCCGUUUGUGUAUUUCAUUGUGUCUUGCAAUCCGAGUAGAAAGAUUUGGAGAUAUAUAAAACUCUUGACCAAUUUACUCUUAAGGACUUAUCAUAAGUCCUCAAUUGAAACUGAAACUUUAUCAGAUCAAGAAAAACUCAGUCGGUUUCUUUUAUGGCAUACAGAAGUGAUUUAUCAUACUGCUUUAUUAGAACCAACAUUUAAAUCAUCAUGUGCUCGACUCACCAUUCGUAGUUUGUCCACACUUGCAAGAGUUUUUUGGUUGAUUAAUGAUCACGAUUGUUAUGAGAGAUCAUUUUCAAAGGGAUAUUGUAAAUCUAUGUUAGAAAGGCACAUUUCUGGAACAUUUGAAGAAGAUUACCAAGCAGGAUAUCCUAGAAAUAAACUUAAUCAAGAUUUAUAUAGUUCAACUUUAGAGAAUUGGAAAAAGAAAUCCAAUGAGAUUUGGAACAUUGGAAAAUAUGUAGAUUGGUCGAAAUUCUUGAUCCAUACACAAGAUGAAUCUGAUCCGAUCCUUUUAAAAGAUCAGGAUAUCGAAACACUAAAGAAUGAUCCAAAAUUGACUGUCUCCAUGAAGUAUUGGGAGAAAGAUUUAAAGAACAUGUUACUGUUUAUCAAACCCUCACCAAACAUCAACUUAGCUCUACCUCAUUUUUCACUUGAGAAGAUUUGUAGAGGGAUUGAUCAAUUUAUUAAACAAAAGUUGACGUGUAAAAAGCAGGAAGUAGACCUUCAUAAACCAACUGACUAUCAAGUUACAUUGUACUCUUCUUUCCUUCAUCAAAAAACAGAUGAUAAAUCUUUUGAGAGGUUCUGGUAG